GGGGUUGUUGUGAAGAUUCUGAUCUGCCUUUGCCUUAGAAUAUGCGAUUAGUUAUUGGAAUGGAAUGGAUCAGUGAUUGUGUUUGUGAUUCAUUUUGUGAAACUUACAGCAAACCUGUGCAGGGCAAUGCUUCCUUCACGUUGUUCCAUUAAUUUCUAGUGAUGACUGAAAUAAAUAAACGGAAAUCAAGAUUUUAGGAAGCUGUUUGUUUCACCAUUUUUGAUCACAACAUCGGAGUUUUUUUAGUCGCUGUAACUGCAAUUAUGGCACAUGUGUAUAUAGUUUCUGGCAAUAUCAAGGAUCACGACUGUGGCUGACUCCAAUUGAGAACCACGUCAAUGAAAAUGCAGGUUUUUGGAUUUGUUUGUGUGUGUGUGGAGACUAGUGGGAAUAGGGGCAUUGGGUUUUUUCGCCGUGGAAGGAAAGCAAUAUUCGCACACAAGUCAUAAAUUCAUCUAAGUUCUUCUAUAGGAAAUCAAACUUUUUGGCUCUACGAUUUUUGAAAUAUCAACUGCAUGAAUAGAUCCUUUUUCGAAUGGAGGGUGGGAGAAUAAGACAGUGGUUGAACCUUCUGGUUUGUGCACUGCUGUUGCUGAUAGCAGAGGCUUCUUAUGUGCCAAUCACCUAUCUUCAGAGCGCUGUAGCAAAAGGAGCAGUUUGUUUGGAUGGGAGUCCACCAGCUUACCAUUUUGACAAGGGAUCUGGAACAGGGAUUAACAGUUGGUUGGUUGCUUUUGAGGGAGGAGGAUGGUGCAACAAUGUCACUACUUGUCUCUCUCGCAAGACCAAUCGUUUAGGUUCAUCUAAGCAAAUGGCAAAGCAAAUUGCCUUUUCGGGAAUUAUGAGUAACAGGCAAAUGUUUAAUCCAGAUUUCUACAACUGGAACAGAGUCAAGGUUAGGUAUUGCGAUGGUUCAUCUUUUACUGGUGAUGUAGAAGAAGUCAAUCCAGUUACUAAGUUGCACUUUAGAGGAGCAAGGAUUUUUGCUGCUGUCAUGGAGGAUUUACUAGCAAAAGGAAUGAAAAAUGCUCGAAAUGCUAUUAUUUCUGGAUGUUCAGCUGGAGGAUUAACUUCAGUACUGCAUUGUGAUCGCUUUCGAGCUCUAUUACCUAUUGGAGCCAGAGUGAAAUGCCUCUCAGAUGCUGGUUAUUUUAUCAAUGCAAGGGAUGUCACUGGGGCAUACCACAUUCAACAGUACUUCGGUCAAGUUGUUGCUACGCAUGGCUCUGCUAGGAAUUUACCUCUGUCAUGCACUUCAAGACUUAGUCCAAAGCUAUGCUUUUUCCCACAAUACUUGGCAUCACAUAUCACUACGCCAAUCUUCUUUGUAAACGCCGCAUACGACUCAUGGCAGAUUAAGAACAUUUUGGCACCUGGUGUUGCUGAUCCUGAUGGGCAUUGGCAUAGCUGUAAACUUGAUAUAAACAACUGCUCACCUGAUCAACUAGAUCUAAUGCAAGGCUUCAGGACAGAAUUCUUAAGGGCAUUGACAGUGCUAGGCAACUCUUCAUACAAAGGAAUGUUCAUAGACUCUUGCUAUGCUCACUGCCAAACUGAAAUGCAGGAAACAUGGUUGAGAAGUGAUUCUCCAGAGCUGGAAAAGACAACAAUUGCAAAGGCUGUAGCAGACUGGUUUUAUGAAAGAAGGACUUUCCAUCAGAUAGAUUGCCCUUACCCCUGCAACCCCACAUGUCACAACCGCGUUUUCGAACCACAAGACGGCCACCAAGGAAAAAAUGUGACCUCGAAAGGAACGUCAGAUGCAUCAGCCAGAAAGCUCAAUUUUCCGAAACUAACAACAAACAAGGCACGAUGGAUUGAGCUGGUGUGCAUUAAUGGAGGGAUCAAUGGGCUUCUACUAACGUUGGGUCUUAUGAUCAUCAUAUAAAAGCUGGUUUGAAUUCUGACACGGCUGGACCAUCUCUUCCACUGUCUUCCAUAGGAAGCAGGAAAAAGCCAAUCCCAUUGGAUU